AGCCAAAGACAGGCGCUAAAUCAUGAACUGAUGAGCUGUGAUUUCGGUGGAUUUCUGUGAAAACUGUUGGAAGCAAGACUUACAUUCAAGGUCGCAUCAGGGAUCUACAAAUAAAGGUUGACUGACGUCAGCAGCGGAUCCAGUCACUAGAAAGACAGCAUCUCCUCCUCCCAGCUGUGCUUGUGAAGCUGCUGUUGGCCCUCGUGCAUCCGAGGGAGACUUGUGAUCCGGUCCAUUAUCUCGCUGGGUUCGGGACUCGCACCAUGGGGAGAUUAGAUGCGCUUCGGCAGCUUAAUUUGAUCAAAUGGCUCCGAGAGGAGAGACAGUCGAGGAAACUGAGUCUGUUCAUUGUUUUCGUCGCUUUGCUCUUGGAUAACAUGCUGCUGACAGUAGUCGUUCCAAUCAUUCCCAGUUACCUGUACAACCUGGACGAGUCAACAGACGUGACGGUGAAGAAUAACACCCUGUCGCAGCAGGGUCCUCCAGCAGCCUUCCACAGCAUUGUGUCUCUAUACGACAACACCAUAAGGUCUCCGGGCUCCAACGCCACUGUACGGGCUACAGACGUGGUUCCUUCGCCUCCCGCUGCUACAGGGCUGCCAGACAACUCCUCUGAGUGCCCCCAGUCUACCAGCAAGCUGCUCGAUGAGAACGUCAAAGUGGGAAUGCUUUUUGCCUCCAAGGCCACCGUACAGCUGAUAACCAACCCCUUCAUAGGGCCCCUCACAAACAGAAUAGGAUAUCAACUUCCCAUAUUCGCUGGCUUCUGUAUCAUGUUCGUCUCGACCAUCAUGUUCGCCUUCUCAUCAAGCUACACUCUGCUGUUUCUGGCCAGAUCGAUGCAAGGUGUGGGCUCCUCCUGCUCCUCUGUGGCUGGGAUGGGAAUGCUUGCAAGUGUGUACACAGAUGAUGAGGAGAGAGGCCAUGCUAUUGGGAUUGCCCUUGGAGGUCUGGCAAUGGGAGUACUAGUUGGGCCUCCAUUCGGCAGUGUGAUGUACGAGUUUGUUGGGAAAACGGCACCUUUCCUUAUUCUGGCAUUCCUGGCUUUGUUUGAUGGAGCUCUGCAGCUCAUUGUGCUUCAGCCCACCAAGGUGGAACCAGAGAGUCAGAAGGGCACCCCACUGUUGACUCUAAUGAAAGAUCCAUACAUUAUAAUCGCAGCUGGUGCCAUUUGUUUUGGAAAUAUGGCCAUUGCAAUGCUGGAGCCAACGCUGCCCAUCUGGAUGAUGGAGACCAUGUGUGCCAGGAAAUGGCAGCUAGGCGUUGCUUUCUUACCGGCGUCCAUCUCCUACCUUAUUGGAACCUACAUCUUCGGCACGUUGGCGCACAAGAUGGGGAGAUGGCUUUGUGCUCUUAUUGGAAUAACCGUUGUUGGAAUCAGUGUAAUAUGUGUCCCACUUGCCAAAGACAUCUACGGUCUGAUUGUUCCAAACUUUGGUGUUGGUUUUGCUAUCGGCAUGGUGGACUCCUCUAUGAUGCCUAUCAUGGGUUACCUGGUGGACCUGCGGCACGUGUCUGUCUAUGGAAGUGUGUAUGCUAUUGCCGAUGUGGCCUUCUGCAUGGGAUUCGCUUUAGGUCCAUCCAUCGGAGGAGCCAUAGCUGAGAGCAUCGGCUUCCCCUGGCUGAUGACCAUAAUCGGGAUAGUGGAUAUUAGCUUUGCUCCUCUCUGCCUCUUCCUCAGGAAUCCACCAGGACAAGAAGAGAAAAUUGCUAUUUUGAUGGAUACUAACUGUUCAAUGAAGACAAGGUCCUACUCCACACAGGGGACGUACUACCAGGGUGAGAACAUGGAUCCAGAAUAUGAUGAUUAUGAUUAACAGGACACCAGCCAUGCAGGUUAACCCUUCAGAGGAUCUAUUUUGUUGUACAAAAAAGGAACACAGAAGAAAAAAAACAGUAAUUUAACAUAACAGCCAAGAUAUUUCCAUGUGACUGUCCCGCAUUCUGUCUUCACUGUUCUUUGUCCUCUUAAAAGUUUUACUGGAGCAAACCGAAGGUGUUCUUGAUCUGUGGUUGCAAGUGCUUUGUGUGAGAGAUUUGUUUAGCCAACAGCCUUAUUCAGUGGAGAGAUUCGUCAAAAAGCUAUUUUUAGUUAGUAGAAGGGGCGGAGCAACAUGUUCCCUUUACUGGUUUAUUUUGGAUACAAAUCUUUCUUCAUUUAUGUGUUCGCUAUUAAAAGUCUCCAUGUUGUCCAUGAUACUGUCUACAAUAUUAUUAACAGACCGUGAUAAUAUGUUCUGUUUAUUGGAAGACUUGUUUGUCCGAUGUAUAGUCCUGGUUUGCAUCGAUGCAGCUACAGAAGUUUCUUAGCUCAGCUGUUCUGGCUGAAAUGCUUGGUAAUGUCAACAGAAUGAGGAAAGUGUCCUAAAACAACACAAAUUUCCUCCUUAUAAAAGCUAUAGAACUUUGCAUUCUGGCAACUUUGGUUAAUACAAUCAUAAUGUAAUCGUAAUGUUUUUAUUUAAUAAAUCAUCCAUACUGUAAA